GUCACAUUCACCGAACGUUUUCCGCAAUCCCAACAGCCCCCCCUUCUCUCUAGAAAGCGCGUCUGCCUCCCCCCCGCCCGGCCCUUUCUUCAAAUAUCACUCCAUUGCUUUGGAGCUUUGUUUGUUUGUUUCCUUUUCUUUUCCUUUUUCUAAUGCUUGGAGGAAAUGGGAAUGUCUUUCUUAAAGAACCCAUUUGAUUUUGAAGCCCAAUCCUUUAUGCCUAUAACCCGGACUUGACAACCUUUUCUUUUCCCAUUUCGACCAAUUCCAUCUCCUCUUGAACUAUCAAAUCUUCCUCUCUUGUCUCUCACUCAACAAAAGAGAAGGAAAAAAAAAAAAAAAAAAAGAGAAACCGGGUUGGUUUUGAUCUCUUUUUGCUUCUUAAGUUUAUCGUAGAUAUGCAAAUGCAGGCAAGUCCACUUCUGUCUCUGUCCCCAAGCUCUCCAAGCUUCAACACUUACUCAUCGGGCAGGCUUGCUGAAAUCGCUGCGAGAGUUGUCGAAGAAUUCAGACAGGAGUCUGGUGAUUCGUGUCAGGACGACAUUUACGAAACCUGGCCCCCGCAACAAAAACAAAACCCGCAGCUCCAACAGCAAGUCAUAGAAGAGGAAGACAAUGAAGAGGAGGAGGAGGACGAUGAUUUCGAGUUUGCUUUUGUCUGUAGAGAGCCGGAGACUUCUCCAAUCUCGGCAGACGAAAUCUUUCACAACGGACAAAUCAGGCCAACUUAUCCACUUUUCAACACCAACUUGUUGCUCAGUGAUGAUCAAACCCCUGAUGGCAAAACCGUUGACUCUACUCAUCCCUUUGUAUCCAAACCAGGACCCCGUCGCUUACCAUUGAGAAAACUCAUGAGUGAAGAACGUGAAACGACUUCGUGUUCGUCCUCGGAAGCUGAUGAAUUGGAAGGAGUAACGCCGGGGUCUUACUGUGUCUGGAAACCGAAAGGAGGGUCAUCAGGGAAUGACCAAGAAUCCCCUGGAAGAUGCAAGAAGAGCAAUUCAACCGGGUCAUCCAAGAGAUGGAAGUUAAGAGACCUGCUUUAUAGAAGUAACAGUGAUGGUAAAGACACGUUUGUUUUCUUAGCACCGAGCAAGAGAGAGAAAACCAGUAACACUAAUGGUAACAAGGCCAUGGAAAUUCCAGGAAAGUUUCAGGCAGCUGAAGAACAUUGUGGUGGUACCAGAAAUUUGAAACCAGGGGACAAGAGAAGGUCCUUUUUGCCAUACAGGCAGGACUUGGUGGGGUUAUUUUCUAAUGUCCAUGGCUUGAGCAAGAAUUUGCAUCCAUUUUGAAGAUAUAUCAGAAUCACAGUGUGAGAUGAAAUUGAAAGGUGGGCUUAUUUCUCCUUUCCCUGUUCCUUUUCGUUUUCCUUUUCUUUUUAAUUUCCCAUUUUUGUGCUUGAUAGUUUUUUCUUCUUUUUCCUUUGAGAAAGUAAAUAUGAUUAGUUUGAUUAAGAUGGGUUUUCCAUAUGUUGUGUAUAAAUUAAUAUAUAUACAAGCGCUUGAGUAAAAUCAUCCACUCUUUUCUUCUG